UGGCUGGAGAAAGAGGAAAAUAAUGUAACAUGUUUCGCAGUGGGGACAUCAAAUCAGAGAUCGGCUUAAAUUAACACUGUGUGCAAAAUUUUGUUCAGUGUGCCUUUAGCAUGUUAGUGUCAGCUGUUAAAAGUGCUACACUGGUUUGGAUGACAUUUCCGUAAUCGAAUGAAAUAAAUUUUAAAACAGGGACAACCUCUUUUUUUAUUGUUCUAAAUUGAUUUUUGAAUUCACAAGAAAUUCGGAAAAUUGUGAAACAAUGUCGGACCGUAAAUGGGUAACUGAACCUGAUGAAUACAUUUGCACACUCUCUGAGGAACUGCAAACCAUAGCAAAGGAGGAGCUGCGUGAAGACAAGCAUAGCCGUCAAACCGCGUUGGCCUCCAUGCGAGAAUGGAUCAUGCAGAAUCCUCGGAUAAAAAACUGCAGAUUAGAUGCGCGCUUUUUGUUACGUUUUCUACGAUUUAAAAAAUUCAGCGUUACUCUGGCACAAGAAGCUCUGGAACGGUAUGUGCUGUUACGACAAACUUUUGGAGUUGCGUUUAAUUGUUUAGACAUUACCAUACCCAUGAUGGAAGAUCUUACCAAUCGAGGAUACCUGUUUGCGUGUCCUAAAAGGGACAGCAAGGGCAGAAGAGUUAUCAUAGCUCGGCCAGGUGUGUUUGACCUUGAACAAUUUACGCAAGGAGAUAUGUGUAGAAUACAUGGGAUAGUUUACGAAACGCUAAUGGAAGAUGAAGAGAAUCAAAUUAGAGGUUUCGUACACUUUGCUGAUGGACAAGGAGUUGGAUUUUCUUACCUUACUUUAUUUACCAUUAAAGAAGCAGUCCGUAUUGUAAAAAAUGGGGAGAAAACACUGCCCAUGAGACACAAAGAAGUCCAUUGUAUCAAUGCCCACCCUUCCAUGAAAUUUGCUCUCGACUUUGGCAUGUCUUUAAUUAGCGAAAAAAUAAAAAAACGCGUUAGACUUUACACAAAUCUUGAAGAAGCUCUUCAGGCCGGAUACUUAGAACGAGACGUUUUACCCAAAGAAUAUGGAGGUGCAAUGCCAAUGGCUGAAAUGAUAGAACUUUGGAAAAAAGAACUUGAAAAAUCGCACCCAAUUUUGAUGUGUCAUGACCUUAUGGAAGUAGAAGAGAGCUUAUUUAGUGCCAAGGCAAAAGAAGGGGCCGUUUCUGCACUAAAAAGGGGCGGAAUCAAUUGUGGAUCUGAAGGGGAUUCCCUUUGUGGGAUCACAGGAAAUUUCCGAAAAUUGGAAGUAGAUUAAAAGCUUAUUCACUUUAUUUUUUGUGGUUAUUUUAAGGCUAAAAUUAUAUUUUAUUGAAUAAAAACAUGAAAACACAA